UUUGCUUGGUGCUCCUCUGUGUUCCCUUCACGGUCUUACUUCUGAAGCUGCAGUGUGGAGAGGGGGACCAUGGCUUCUCACAAUCUCCGUCUGCAUAUGCUGGUCUUCACCACGGUGCUCACCUUCCUGGCUUUUGCAGAUGUUUCCAGUGAGAGCAAACUUCAGAAAAUCCUGAAGAAAAGGGAAGUUCGGACUGAGGCGGCAGCCUUGCCGGAGGACGUAGUGGUUGUGCCGUCCAAGGCCAAAGAGUUCCUGACAUCUCUGAAGCGGUCCAAGAGGAACAUCUGGGACCGCACUCGACCGGACGUACAGCAGUGGAUCAUGCAGUUCAUGUACAUGGGCUACGACGAGGCGACUCUUGAAACUCACCUGUCAUAUUGGAUGGACCAUUCCCGGUCAAUGGACCAAGGUCGCCAGCACCACUACGACGAGAACGCUCCAAUUGGACCCCGCGAUCCAAGUACUUACAGGCACGGUGCCAACGUCAACUACGACUACUACUAGAUAGCCCCCCUCCCUCUCCCCUACCCCGUAUGGAGGUAACACAGGAAGCUCACCUCCCCCAUGGAGCGCAGUGCCCACGUCCCUGACCUAGCAUGCCAUGCCAAUAGUACCAAUAGAGAAUGUGUCAGGGUUUGCUUUCCACUGGUUCUGAAUGCCUGAAAUUCCAAUGCACCAUGCAGUCCACAGUUAUAACUGUUCCUAUUUCUAUAUGUGCAUCUACUUUUUGUAUACAACACAUUGUGUUAAGUAAAUAAGGAGAAGUGUGUAUU